AUGCAUGUGUACUCUGAGUCUCUGAGUGUAUUUGCGUAUCAGAGCUACAAAGAUGUGCUGGUUAAUCCUCAUGGAAGAUAUGAUGUGGUGCCCCUCCUUGCUCUGUUCCAUGGCUGGAGAGAGCAUUGUCCUUCCAGCAGGCAGUGGAAGGAGCAUGCCAAAGGGACCAUCCGGGAGAUUGUUCUCCCCAAAGGGCUGGAUCUGGACCGGCCCAAAAGGACCCGAACCUCUUUCACAGCCGAGCAGCUGUACAGGCUGGAGCUGGAAUUUCAGCGGUGCCAGUAUGUCGUCGGCAGGGAGAGGACGGAGCUCGCCAGGCAGCUCAACCUAUCAGAAACACAGGGCACCCCCCCCCCCGCCACAAGAGCCUUCAGCCUGCAGGUCCCCUCUCUCGCUUCCUCCUCCUCCCCCCGGCUGCCUGCAACCCCGGUCUGUUUCAGCAGCCCCCUCUUGGGAAGCCUGCACGAGCUGCCGGGCGGCUACGGACUGGGGAGCUCGGCCUUUGAGCCUUACAUGCGGCUGGAAAGGAAAGACAGUUCUCUGCCCAGCAAGAAGCCGAGUCCUUAAUGCAAAGCCAGUGUCAAAAUCUCCUCCUCGCCCCCACCCACCCCGUGACUCCCGCCUGGGGCGGCUCCUUCGCCGGUGGAAGGUCAAGAGACUGUCGGUCGCGUGUCCAGGUGCAAUGGGUGACAAGCGACACUAGCACUUCGGUGCAGACACCAGAGUCCGUCUGCUGAGGGGCACGGCUGAGCGGAGCCAGGGCUGGCCGGGAUGCCUGCCUACGUGUCUGGCCGGGGCCUGGGAACCGGGAGCUAGACGCCCCAACAGGCAAAGAGCAGCCGAAUCCAGGCAGAGCCCCCGUGACCACACAAGUGCAUUAUUAGCCAUGGGCCCAAUCCUGCACUCCGGACCCCCAUGGACAUCAGUGGGAGCUGGGCUGGGCUGUUGAGCCCCUGCCUAGCACUGCCUGGAGCAUCGAUGGUACCUCUCCGAAUUGGGCCCACAAGGCUUCAGGAUUUCCUCCCUCCCUCUCGGCUCCCGUGCAGGCACAGAUCCUGACCCUGCAAGCGGCUGAAGUCCCUUAACGCGUUGUGGGGAGUGGUGGUGGCUGAUCAGCAGAGCACGACCUCCCAGCGUGGUCCCCGGGGCUCGUGGGAUCCCGGGAUGCACAGACAGGAGCGGGAGCAGAAAGCUGAUUUUCCCUCACUAUCUGGCCCCAGUUCAAGGAGGAUGUGGACAAAUGGGAGGGGGUCAGAAAAGAGUCACGUCCCUGAUGAAAAGAUCAGAAAACUCCAGGAAUUCUGUCGGCUUUGCUUAACCACGAGCGGGUUCAAGGACUCAGUCUCCAAGCAGCUGGGUGGGGGACACACUGGUUCAAAGGGGCGCUCCAGUCUAGGCGCGAAAUGUUAAGCAUUGGAACCACGCACCAGGAGCACCGUGGAUUCUCCAGCCCUGGAAGCUGGAGGGCAGGUCUCCGGCCUGGGUGACGUAGGUCAGACUAGAUGGUCCCCAUGGGCCCGUGUCCCCUGUGAGCCUGUGAGCUUGUGCGGCCGCUCCGGAGAGAUUCCAACGCCGCCCAGCUGAGUAGCAGCGUGCCCACAGCCAGGUGUGUGUUUCUCCUGGUGGUGCACAUCUGCACAUACAAAUUAUUCCGCACAUGGAUGGAACAGAUGAGAGGGAACGUCGCAGGGUCCUGGCAGGCCUGGGAGUCUGUGGCUUUGAGGGCACAUUAAAUAAGAUCCCGAUCCUGGCCGCUUUGCCAUUCCUGGGCUCCCCAAUCGCGCCCAAUGCUUCCGUGAGGCCAGGGUUUGGCCUGUGGCAAGUUGUGCUUGGAUUGCGGCUCGCUGCUUUGCACUGCUCUGGCCUGGCCUGGCUCUCUCUAGGGAGCCCCCCGGCCCGCCUCAUCCCUCUCCCCACGUCCCAGCGCCUCUCCGGCUCAGAGCCGAGCGGCACACGGCUGAGCGCCUGGGCUGGCUCUUGUGCCAAGGGGUGCAGAUGGGCUUGGGGAUGGGAGGGUCCCCCGGCUGCCUCCAGCCAGCACCCGGCUUUGGGGAGGAGAGUCUUCUGGGAAGGAGCAUGAGUGAGCACGCAGGAGCAUCCGCCGCCCCCGCAACCAAAUUUGCCCAGAGCCACAAGCAGAGCCUGCCGUGUGACUGCUCCCCUUGGGGCCCGGGGCCCCGCCUGCCAGUCCAGCCCCUUCUCCGGAGUGUGGCCAGUAAAUCAACCAGCCGCUCCCCCUUUGUCACGGCCACAGCCCCUGGGGCCCGCGGGGCCGACUCAGUCACGUCAGUUUCACCGCCAGCCACGCACAAGGGAGGGAUGCGACCAGCCGCCUGCCCAGACACCUCUGGCGGCCUCGCCCAAGGGAUCCGGCACACCUGGGCCGCUGGGGAAGGGAGAAGCCACCCUCUACCCCAGGGCCUUUCGGAGCGCUGUCCAGCUCAUCCUUUGCCUCCUCCCUCCCCGCUGCAUUCAGCUCUGGGAAGCAGGAACGGGUCCACCCAGAGAGCCACAGCCCUGGAGAGUUUGGCCUGUUGGGACCAGCCGCCCAAGUCUGGCACAUCUGCUGGUGCUCAGGGCAGCCCCGAGAGGUGAAGUUUGGAGUCCGGGGCACCUCCCACUGCCCAGCAGACCCUGCCCACCGGCCUCAGCCCAGGGCACGUCAGCUCAGCCCCACGCAGCCUGGCCACCCACCAGCUCGCGUUCUGCCCCGGGAAUCCUGGGCCAGGCGCCUGCCAGCCCCCCCGGCCUGUCCCCCCUCCCAAUGCCCUCUGGGGUCCCCACUGCCGACCCAGGGCAACCCUCGCCGGUUCCAGGGACUCGCUGCUUGUGUCACCGUGGGCAGGAUCCGCCCCAGAUGUCUGGGGUUGGGUUU